AUGAUCAAUAGCACCAGCACACCUCCACCAAUGGCCAAGUUAUUCUCCAUUAAGACAUCACAACUAGUAAAUUCGAAGCUUGACACAAAGACACCACUUCCUGAAAUCAAACUUAAUCAUUCCGCACUUCAACAUAAUAGAGAGAUUAACUUUGUAAAUAAUAACAAUAAUAAUAAUAAUAAUAAUAACAGUAACAAUAAUAGUAUAUCAAUCAAUAAUAAUAAUAUUAAUAACAUUGUAAAUAGUAAUAAUAAUAAUAACGAUAAAACAUUUAAAUCAGUUAGUGAAGAUGGUUUGACAUGGACGUUGAAUCCACUACACGAGUCAAAGAAGACAACAGCGGAAAUCAACAAGUUAGAUGUGGAAACUGAAGGUGAUGAUGUUUUUGUAGAUGAUGAUGAGGUUGUUCAUCCAGUUUCAUCGGUGUCCUCUUCCUCUUCAUCAACGAUCGAUCAAAUACUUAAAGAAGAAGAGGAUGAUGGUAAUGAAGAGGUGUUGAAUAGUGACAUUGUAAUGGCUGACGACGAUGAUGAUGAGGAAGAAACAACAUUGGUUACAAAUUCAACAAUUGUUGUCGACCAAAAUGUUGAUGUCGAUGUCGAAGUUGUUAGUGGAAGCACCGGUGAUAGCAUUAUAGCUGGUAGCAGUGAGGUUGGUGCUGACAAUGAUAGCGGCGCUGAUGUUCCUGUUUCUUUGUUUUUGGAAACCACGAAACUAAGUCUGUUCAAGCCGAAUCCGCUAACGAGCAUACCGAUUCCCGAUCCACUGACAAGCAUGCCAACAACAGCAAUGCCGGCAAACAGCAUAACAACAACAACUACCACUACGAUAGUUCCAAGUCAAGAGAUACAAAAUGCCUAUGACAACACAACCAAAGCGCCUGCCACAACCGCCCAAGCAGUGGCAAAUGCCACUUCCACCACCACAACAGCAACCGCAGUCAACACACCCUCCACAAUAGACAAAGAGAUCGAUCCUGAUAUAACCAAUCUAACUAGAAACAGAUCAUAUCUAUACUCCAAUUUUCAAGAAGAAGAACCAGACAAUGAAAUAAUUAUCAACAUUGAAGGUAUCGAUUCCAAUAAUCAAUUUUCAUUGAUAAACUUUAAUAGGAUUUUUAAUCUCUAUUAUAAGUGUUUGGAGAAUAGUGAUGACCAAACGAGAUCACAAUGUGUAAGGUACUUUAUAAAGUAUUAUGAAUACAAGUUUCUACACUAUAUCGAUGAAGAAGGUUUUACCAAAUUCAUUGUUGACGUAUUCUUUGAUCCUUCAAUUAAUGUAUUCAACAACAUGUCAUUAUAUAAUUGUGGUGAUAAUAUUUCACUAAUACAAGAUAUUUACAAAAGAAUUAUUAAUGAUAAAAGAAAUAGAAUAGAAGUCUAUCAAGAAUGUUGUAAUUUCAAAUGUAUUCCAGAACAAUACUUGGAUUUCAAUUUUUAUGAUUUCUACAACAGGUUAUUAACAAAUGAUGACACCAAUAUCAAUGAAAAUCAAAAUACUAUCGUUAAUCAAAAUGAAUUAGAGAAGAACGACGACGACGACAACAACAACAACAACAAUAGCAACAAUAACUACGACAACAGCAACGAAGAAAAUUACACUGCUCUUGUCAAAUCAUUCAUUCUACCAGAAAUAUUCUAUUAUAAUAUUACAAGACACAUCAAUCUCGAAAGUAAAUAUUCAUUGAUCAAAUCACCGCCAUUGUUUUUUGAUUAUGAAUCGAUCAAUUUCUUCAAAUACGGUGAAAGUACCGAGCGAACAAAUCAAAUGUUUUCAAGAGUUCAAGUAUUUCACAUUAAAUCUGAUGAAUACGAUAGUAAUACUAAUGAUGGUGUACGGAGACACUAUUUCCGAGAUAAUAAUAGCUUCUUCACUCAAGAUGAUGAACACUAUUAUCGAGUGUCUAUUUCAAAGAAUCGAUACUUGACACAACUUCCUCCGAUGCCUCAACUCAAGCACAUCUCUAUCACUGACUACCAUGGAUAUACUGGUAAUUACAGUUCAUUUUUGAAAAAGAUCCUCGAGAGCACACCCAAUGGAGAUGGUCAUGGAAUCGAAUCAUUCUAUAUCAAUAUCGAUAAGGAUUGGAACGAUUGUCCAGACUACAGUAACUUGAACUUUUUGUUACCACUGUUAUCACUUCACUCGAAAACAUUGAAAUCUGUCGUGAUCAGCUAUGAUGAUAGUUGCAAAUACGGUGAUGUAAUUACACUAUUGGAGAUUCUAAAAGAAACGCUUUCGACAAUGAAACAAUAUAAUUACUCAUUCAUUAUGUAUGGUAACUUUAGAAUGUUAAAAGAACAAUGCAAUAAUGAAGUCGAUUUGGAGGUAUAUCGAUAUCUACUUAAUCAAAAAAAGAUUUCAAACAAAUUUGAUUAUGGUUUAGAUCAAUAUGAUGAAGAUGACCUUAAUGAUAUAAUCUAA